GCGCACCUCUUCGUUGCAGCUCUGAAGCACAUGCUCUCUGCUGGCUACAGGUUCACUUUAUGUCAUACCAACACCCUUAGUCGUCCUCUUAAACUCUCCGCAACCAAAUCACACCUUUUCUCGACUUCAAGUUUAGUACUAGAGAAAGGAAAGAAAGAGAAAGACUUCAAAGAUUCCCUUCUGCACCCUCCAGAACCUGCAGACAAAUGGAAUUACAAUAGGUCUCCCUUAUUUGACCCUUCAUCAACCGACUACUCCACUUUCAAACGAGUCACUUCCAAUGACUUGGCUGGGGAGACUACACCUCCUCGGGAAGUGAAGAUGCUGACUCGAGAUUUCAUCGAAGACUCGUUGUAUAAUCCCCAUUACGGAUAUUUCUCAAAAAAGGCUACUAUAUUCGAUUGGAGCGACAUACCGUUUGACUUUGGUGGUAUUCGCGAUGCUUCAGAAUUCGACGCGGUUGUUGCAAGGAGAUAUGCAUCCUAUGAGACGGAGAAGCAGUUGUGGCAUACGCCUACGGAGUUGUUCAAGCCUUGGUACGGACAAGCAGUAGCCCAAUGUCUCGUUUCAGAAUAUUUCCUCAAGUACUUCCCAUACGAAGAUUUCAUCAUCUACGAGAUAGGUGCGGGAAAUGGAACACUGGCUUCCAAUAUCCUUGACUAUCUACGCUCCGAGUAUCCUGAAGUCUACGACCGGACGCGAUAUACGAUCAUCGAAAUUAGUGCAAAGCUUGCACAAAAACAGAGGCAGAGACUGACGAAAUCUCAUCCUGGUGUAAGUGUUGUUCAUAAGAGCAUAUUUCAUUGGGAUGUGCGCGAACCGGCGCCGUGUUUUUUCUUGUCGAUGGAAGUCAUUGAUAAUUUUGCUCAUGAUGCAAUUCGUUAUGAUCUUGAUACUCUGGAACCUUACCAGGGGUUUGUAACGAUUGACAAGAACGGAGAUUUUGACAUGAUAUAUACCCCAAUCGACGACCCUUUGAUUACAUCCUUCCUAGCGACGCGUUCUCGAUUAAAACAUCCUUUACCCUUUUCACGUCUGUUUCAGCAGUUCCCCUCAAUGAGGAAGUUUUACAGGAAUCUCCCCUUCGCAGCCAAUCUGUCCUCCGAGGAAUACAUCCCAACACGACUUCUCAGUCUCCUCCGAACACUCCGAAACCACUUCCCUCGGCAUCGACUUCUCCUAUCCGAUUUCUCUUCCCUCACAGAUACAAUCCCAGGAGUCAACUCACCUGUUGUGCAAACUCGAGUACACGGAACAACGGUACCUUGCGAGACACUCCUUGUCCACCAAGGCUCAUUUGAUAUAUUUUUCCCGACAAACUUUGAACGAUUGAGAGAUAUGUAUGAACAUAUUCUUUCUCAGCCACCCAAGAGUCGAUCCUCCUCUAUGUAUGCGGAUUCAUCUAUCCCAGACCGUUCGUCUCCUCUUACUUCGACCGCGCUCUCGCUAUCCCUGGGUUCCGACUUUUUUUCGUCCCAUACUGCAUCGGGGAAUAGAAGGAAACCGAAAGAUGGUGUUACAUCUGCUAGUGGACUACCGAUUGGAGAGCAUAAAUCGAGUGUUUUUACUCAUGCAGAGUUUUUGGGGACGUAUGGGGAUCUUGGGAAGACCAGGUUGAGGAACGGGGAGAAUCCGAUGCUUGAUUUUUAUAAGAAUGUUAAAUUCUUAUUAUAAAAUUGACCUACUUUUAAAAUA